ACCCCGGACUUGCCUGAGCUGAAGGAGCCACUGAGCGCUGAAGCGACUCAUGUUGGUAGAGAGACUUCAGCGUAAUCAUCCUGACAUCUGAUCGGUACGAAGAAAUUAUGGAAAAAUCACAUCACAUGGCUGUGAACCAGACCUUUCUGGAUUCAGAGUUUCGCUAUGUGCUCUUCUCCGUCACCUACAGCAUCUUCUUCGUUGUGGGCUUCUUCGCCAAUCUUUACGUGCUGUUCGUCCUGCGGUGCCUCCGUGAAGCAAAGGCCAUGGGAGAAAUCCGCAUCUACAUGUAUAACCUGACCAUUGCUGAUCUCCUUUUUGUGUGUGUGCUGCCCUUCUGGAUUGGCUAUUACAAACGUGGGGGGGACUGGAUUUUCAAGGAUUUCAUGUGCCAGCUGACGGGAUCGUUCUUUUUCAUCAACACCUAUGGCACCAUCCUCUUCCUCGGAGCGAUCAGCCUCAACCGGUAUUGGGCGGUCACUCGGCCUCUGGACGCAGCCUCGUCGGACCACAGGUGCCGCGGGAUCAUUGUGUGCAUCAUAAUCUGGGCGUCUACCACAGCAUUGACCAUUCCCAACAUGACAUCACCUGGUACCAACAGUGAUGGACACAUAACUCGAUGCUUCGAGGGGUACCACAAUGAAACGGAUUAUCAAAAGAAGAAAGUGGCUGUUAUGCAUUUUCUAAUAAUUGGGAUGUUUUUUGUUGUGUUUUUUCUUGUUGUGGUGUGCAAUUUCCUUAUUGCCCUAGCCUUGCUUUCUCAGAGUAUACCACAAUCAGAGUUUUGCUCUGGCACGAUCAGAACGAUGACAUCUACAUAUAAAAGGCCCAAAAAGGCCAGAGGGGUGAAGAGGAGAGCUCUGCAGAUGCUCCUGGCGGUGGUGGGGGUGUUUGUGUUGUGCUUUCUGCCCCACCACAUUGUCCAGGGCCCCUGGGUGCUGGCUGUGCUGCAGAUCAAGGACGGCUGGGGCCACGUUAACUGGGGCCAGGACACACGUCAGGCACUCAACGACGCGCAUCAGAUCACCUUAGUUCUGAUGGGCCUCAACUGCAUUCUGGAUCCUGUGGUGUAUUUUUUUGCUACAAAGAGGUUCAGGAGAUUCAUCAAGAAGCACAUAAGAAAGUUAUUGAAAGGGGAAGCUUGCACUCAAUCAGGUAACACACAGAUAUCCAUGGAUGACCGAAACCAGAGCCAAAAACUCCAGAGCAUCCACCAACAGCCAAACGAGGAAAUAACUCAGUGAUUUCAGACACAAGGUACAAGGUUUUUGUGUGAUACAUGUCACAUUUUGAGCUGGACUACCAGUAUUUUUCAAAGUAAAUUAGUCAUUUUGUAUCUUUCUGUUUUGCUUGAAUGUUUUUAUGAGUUGUAACUUGUUCUUGUUUUAUGUUCCUACACACCAAGCUUCAUUUACUCAAAUACCAUUUAGUUUUGUUACCAUAUAACAUCAAACUUCUUUAUGAAAGUACCUCAUCUUUACUCUCUUUUUUCAAAUUUUAAGCCUCUUUUGUUCCUGGAACAAGCUGCAGGAAAUAGAUUUCUACUGACAUUUCACAACCUUGAACCUUAACAAAGAUGCUGUCAAAAAAUGCACAUUUGCAGCUUUCUGUUUUUUAGUUAAUUGUUUAAGUUGAUGGUGAGCUUUGGCUUUACAGAGUAAACAUAUUCAAACCCUUUGAUUCUGUCACAUUACAGUCUUAAACGUCAUUGUAUUUUAUUGGAAUGCAGAUGGAAUGCAUAGUUUUUAAUUUUUGUUUUACAGAUAAACUGUAACAUGUAUGUAUUCAGUUCCUCAUGAGUCAAUGCUUUGCACAACCAGCUUUCACUGUGGGGAUAGCUGCAAGUCUUUUGGGGUAUGUUUCUACCUGCUUUGCUAAUCUUAGGACUAACAUUUUGGGUUAUUUGCAAAAUAUUAAUUCUAACAAAAAUAUAGUUUGAUUUGAUCCAUUCCACUGUAACUCUGGCUGUAGGUUUAGGGUCAUAGUCCAGCUGGAUCUAUUCUCCCAUCAGCAUGAUGAUGCAACCACCGUGUUUCACUUUGGGUGUGUUCAAGGUGUCAGUUUCCUUCCGCACGUAGCAUUUUACAUGUCAGCCAAGAAGCUGAAAUUGACCUCCUCUGAACAGAGCACAUUCUUCCGCAACUUUGCUGUUUCCACACCGUUUGUGACAAGCUGUAAACAUUACUUCUUAUAGCUUUCUUCCAACGAUGGCAUUUUUCUUGCUACUUUUUUCUAGACCAAGAAUAACAGUUGUCUUAUCAAACAUAUUUUCCCACCUGAGCAGGGGAUCUCUGCUGCUCUUCUAGAGUUUUGAUGAGCCUCUCAACUGGUUCUCUGGUUAAUGUUCCUCUGGGCCACCCUGUCAGUUUAGGUGGAUGACCAUGUCUUGGUGGUCUACAGUUGUGCCGUACUGUUGUGCUGUGUUCCUUGGUCUUCAGGUAGACCUCUGAGGCCUUCACAGAAUAACUGAAUUAAUUCUGAGAUUAAAUUACACCAAGGUGGACUAUGUUUACUAUACUGUGACUUCUGAAGGCAGUUUGUUGUACUGGAAGGAGUAUCAGGGUUAAGGGACUGAAACAAAUGGACACCAUACUUUUAUUUUAUUUGUUUGUAUUUUAUUUUUUAUAUUUUAUUUUAAAGCCAUGUCUCAUUUUCUUUCUACUCCAGAAUUAUGCAUUACUUUGUGUUGGUCUGUCUCUUAAAAUCAAAUGCAAUAAAAUGCAUUAAGGUUUGUGUCUGUAAUGUGACAAAAAGUUAAAAAGUUCAACAACUAACAAAUACUUUUGUAAGACCCUGUACAUUAGUAAGAUGCAAUAAAAACUAUGCAAACUAACCUCA